AAAGUUGCCUGAAAGCUGUGUAGCAAUAAUUCCUGCUCCUGACCCAUAGGAUGGUAAUCACAUACAUGAUUGGCUUAAUCAAGAAUCAUGGAUACCUUUCAUAACUCAUCACAAGUUGGAACUAGUGGUCAACAUUGGGACAAUGCAGCCCAAAAUAACAGGGCUGAAUAUUUUCAUGGAGUGAGCAAGACCUGCCAGCAGAGCUCACUGGAGCAGGGAGACAUCCCAUCAUCCUUUUGGCGCCUGACAAAGCUUGAGAUUCAGAUCCUGCUGAACGAUGUUAAGCAGUCGAUUAACCACAUGCAGGGGACGCUGAACACCAUGCAGGGGCAGUGUAUUGAGUUGCAGACUGCCAUAUCUAAGAUCAUCACACCAGCCGAAGUUGCUGUGCAGAGGGAGGAGAUCGUCCUAGCAUCAGGCCUCAUCCCGUCACAGAGGAAGGGUAUCCUCCAAACAGCCAGUGUCCCUUCACAGAGGGAGGGGAUUCUCUCAGCCGCCAGCAUCAAUGCACAGAGGGAGGAGAUCCUCCGAUCAUCAGGCCUCAUCCCGUCACAGAGGAAGGGUAUCCUACAAACAGCCAGUGUCACUGCGCAGAGGGAGGAAAUCGUCCCAAUGGCCAGCGUCCCUGUGCACAGGGAGGGGAUUGUCCCAAGGGCUAGUGUCCCUGCUGAGAGGGAGGAGAUCCUCCGAGCAUCAGGCCUCAUCCCUGCACGGAGGGAGGGGAUCCUCCAAACAGCCAGUGUCCCUGCACAGAGGUAG